CCCUGUGCAUUGUGGUCCGGCGGCGGGGGGCGAACAUGGCCGAGAAGCAGAAGCACGAUGGGCGGGUGAAGAUCGGCCACUACGUGCUGGGGGACACGCUGGGGGUCGGCACCUUCGGCAAAGUCAAGGUUGGUGAGCACCAGCUGACAGGGCACAAAGUGGCAGUGAAAAUACUGAACAGGCAGAAAAUCCGCAGCCUGGAUGUGGUGGGGAAGAUCAAACGAGAAAUUCAGAACCUGAAGCUCUUCCGGCACCCUCACAUUAUCAAGCUGUACCAGGUCAUCAGCACACCAACAGACUUCUUCAUGGUCAUGGAAUACGUGUCCGGGGGGGAAUUGUUUGAUUACAUCUGUAAGCAUGGACGUGUGGAGGAGGCAGAAGCUCGACGCCUUUUCCAGCAGAUCCUGUCUGCAGUGGAUUACUGCCACAGGCACAUGGUGGUGCACAGGGACCUGAAGCCAGAGAACGUGCUGCUGGAUGCACACAUGAAUGCAAAGAUAGCUGAUUUUGGACUGUCCAACAUGAUGUCAGAUGGUGAAUUUCUACGCACCAGCUGUGGUUCCCCAAAUUAUGCAGCCCCUGAAGUCAUCUCUGGAAGGCUCUAUGCUGGCCCAGAGGUGGACAUCUGGAGCUGUGGUGUCAUCCUCUACGCCCUCCUGUGUGGCACUCUGCCUUUUGACGACGAGCACGUCCCCACCCUGUUCAAGAAGAUCCGUGGGGGAGUGUUUUACAUCCCUGAGUACCUCAACCGCUCCGUGGCCACGCUCCUCAUGCACAUGCUGCAGGUGGACCCCCUCAAGAGAGCCACCAUCAAGGACAUCAGGGAACACGAGUGGUUCAAGGAGGAGCUGCCCAGUUACCUGUUCCCAGAGGACCCUUCCUACGACGCCACGGUCAUCGACGACGAGGCGGUGCGGGAGGUGUGCGAGAAGUUCGAGUGCACCGAGUCGGAGGUGAUGAACAGCCUGUACAGCGGCGACCCCCAGGACCAGCUGGCCGUGGCCUACCACCUGGUCAUCGACAACCGCCGCAUCAUGAACCAGGCCAGCGAGUUCUACCUGGCCUCCAGCCCUCCCACCGGCUCCUUCAUGGACGACAGCGCCCUGCACAUCCCUCCGGGCGUGAAGCCGCACCCCGAGCGGAUGCCGCCGCUCAUCGCCGACAGCCCCAAGGCUCGCUGUCCCCUGGACGCCCUCAACACCACCAAGCCAAAGCCCCUGACUGUCAAAAAGGCCAAGUGGCACCUGGGGAUCCGCAGCCAGAGCAAGCCCUAUGACAUUAUGGCCGAGGUGUACCGGGCUAUGAAGCAGCUGGACUUCGAGUGGAAGGUGGUGAACGCCUACCACCUGCGGGUGCGCCGCAAGAACCCCGUGACCGGCAACUACGUGAAGAUGAGCCUGCAGCUCUACCAGGUGGACAACCGCAGCUAUCUGCUGGACUUCAAAAGCAUCGAUGACGAGGUGAUGGAGCAGAGGUCUGGCUCCUCCACGCCGCAGCGCUCCUGCUCGGCCGCGGGCUUGCACCGGCCGCGCCUGAGCAUCGACGCGGCCGCGGCCACCGAGUGCCAGUCGCUGACGGGCUCCCUGAGCGGCUCCUUCGUGGGCAGCAUCCCCUCGGUGCCCCCUCGCCUGGGCAGCCACACUAUGGACUUCUUCGAGAUGUGUGCCAGCCUCAUCAUGGCCCUGGCCCGCUGACGGCCGCUCUGCGCACUGUGAGGAUCUGCGCUGACUCGUCCGCCCCCUCCUUUCUCUUGCUUCCUUGUUCUUCCUCCUCCUUCCCUCACUGCCCCACAGAGCCAAGUCCAGGCCCAAAACAUGCCCCCUUCUAGCAAGGCACCAAGGAAAUUAACGUAAUUUCUCUCCUUGUGCCUAGUGAAAUGUAUCCAAUACUGUUUUUUCUUCUUUCCUUGUGAACCCCAUGGGAUAUGUUAAGGCUGUAAAGUAACGAACAUUAUCACUGAGUUUUUGGAAAACACCUCCCCCCUGGUUCAUCCUGAGGUAAUGGAGGCAUAACCACACUUCCUGCAGGGAGUUUGGUGUUUCCUUGAGGCUGUGCAGAGCAGGGGCAGGCUGAGCUGAGCCAGGGCAGAGGGGUUGACCAGGAGCUCUGUGAGGUGGAGUGGAGGGUGAUGAAGCAGCUCUGCAGUGUUCACCCCCAGGUGCCAGCCUCUCUAACACUUUUCUCCCCAAAGCAGCAGCUGCUUAGAUUCUUCUGCACUAGUGCAAUAUGACCUCCCUCCCCUCUCUUUUUCCCUCUGCUGAAGAUGGGCAGGGAAGGUGGGAUGUGCAAAGGUCCUGGUGCAAACCUGCCAUGGGGAGGCCACUCUUUGCCGAGGAGCGUCCCUAAGGCACAGUCUUUGUCCCUGUCCUCUCUUUGCAGAGGAGUGUCCCUAAGGUGCAGUCUUUGUCCCUGUCCUCUCUUUGCCGAGGAGUGUCCCUAAGGUGCUUUAUUUUGCCCAAGGGCUCCGCACAGCACUGACCUGCUCGCCACGCUCGGAGCUGAAGGCAGAUUGCCUUUUUCUCACCUCCCUCCAGCCUGCUCCCCCUGCCCUGCCUCACCACGGGCCCCAGGGGCUGAAUCCCAGGCAGGGUUCAGGUGAGCAGAGGACAGGAUCUGGAUCACCCAGCUGAGAACCCGGCUCUUCCCCCGAGGGCUGGGAUCAUCCCUGAUGGGCAGGAGCCAUCAGAGGCGCACAGCUCCGGAACACUCACCUCUCACCUUUCCCCUAGGACACUCUGCCUGUUGUCACCUCCCCAAAAUCACUGCCAAAUCUGCCUUCCCUGCUGCUGGACACUCACUGCCCCUGCCCAAGGGCUCUCCUGUCCUGCUGCCCACUGGACUGUGACCUUCGCUGCUCCGCUGACCAGGCAGGGACAUCCCAACCCGGAAUUUUACUGUUCCUUUGCUACUGGCUAUCUGAAGGAUUGGAUUUUAUUUUUUAAGAUGAACUGCGGGGAUUUUUAAGGUUAAAUUCUUGUUACCCAAGGGUAAACCCUAAUGCAUGUGUGACUUCUUUGUUUAAAGGAGUUAUUAUUUUUUAUUACACGGGAUUAAGCUAAUGGGCAGCAUUGGCAUCUGCUUGGCUUUGACAUGGUAUUUAAUUCCAUUUACUUGAUUAUGAAGUAACAGUCUAAUCAAGGAACAAAUGCUUUAUGAAAGCUUUGCCAAAAAAAAGUUGGGUGGCGGGUUUGGUUUUGUUCUGGUUUUUUUUUUUUUUUUCAUUUUCUUUUGUGUUCUGUUUUAAGAAACAAAGCAAAGAACUUUUGCUGGUCCCAGGUAUGCAGUCAUUCAACUUGAAAAAAAAUGUAAUCUGUCUUUUUGAUAGCUUCUUAUGACCCCCUGAGGUAUUUUCCUAGAGUUUUGUUUUGUACAGUUGCACUUUAAUUUAUACUUUCUGCAAGUUUGUAUGAGAAGCAAGGAAGAGAACAACAAAUUAAGCCUUUUUUACUAAUCAUUUAAGGUAAUCAAGACAAACAUGGGAUAUUUUUGCCAUCUACUGGCAGUUAAAUGGACCUUUUCAGUUUGAAGUCCCUUUUUUAAAAAAAGAACCACAAAAUUGCCUUACUUUUGUUACAGAUUGUGCUUGGAUCCUCACUAACGUGACUUUACAGCUGCAAUUUUUCCAGAAGCCGCACAAAGUAGAAAGCUUCCAAAAAAAAAAAGAAAAAAAAAAGAAAAAAAGUCAGUUUUGCUGUUAAGCUCUUGAACAUUAAAUCCAGCACAGCAGUGGUUGGACUGUAAGAAAUACUGGAAAUAUUUGUAGUGCUCCUAGGUUUUGUAGCAAGCCUUUUAUUACAUCAUGAUUAUUAAAUAAGUACUCUGGGGUGAGGAUGGCUUUGGUGCUGUGCCUGGUGGCUGCCAGGUGAUUUGUGUCCCCAGUGCUGUGGUGUGAGUUUGGAUGGAGAAUCCAAACUCCUGCAUGCAAAAAAAACCCCAAACCCCACCCCAGAGUCAAAGCUGAGGAGCACCCAGCCCUCCAGCAGCUUUUGGAUCAAGGCUGAGAUGAGCAAAAAUGGUUUGGGGUGAUGGGGAUGAGCCCCUUUGCAAAGGAGCAGGAGCAGCUGUAGGGCCAGACAUUCAUUUCCAUCCAGGAAACAGCAAUGAGUGAAACGUAUUUCAAAUGUUAAAGGCUUUUCAAAUCUUCACUCCCAGCUGAGCAUCUUGCCAAGUCCUGGCAGCACCUGUAGCCCCCUUGAUAAGGGGCUGGUGUGUUCCAGUGUGGGGCUCAGGAGCAGGUAGAUGUACUGAUGUCUUUUUUCAAAUUGACUCUUGUCCUCUGGGAUUUCCUGCCCAGCAGAACUAAUAGUAUUAAGCAGCAGCAAAUGCCCUUGAGAGGAAAUAUUUGCUUCCUGGAGGCAGGUGGGAUUUCUAGGUUGUAGAAUAAGCCCCUUGUGGCACUUGGCAUCUUCUCCGACCCGUGCAAACAUUUAACUGCUGUGUGGAUCUGCAGAACCAGUCCUGCCUGGAGGGCAGUCAGAGUUACUCAGCUUUCCAUUUGGAGAGACACAAAGAGAUGAAGCACUUCCCUGCUCAGGGUCAGCAGAGGCAGUGGAGGGAGCAGGACUGGUGGAAGCACCUCCCCAGUGACCACAUCAGACUGACUGGUCCAUCACAGCCUUGUCCAAAUCCGUGCUGCACUUUGGAACACCCUGAGGACUUUCACUUCUUUGUAUUAUUUAUUUUACCUUCGAAUAGGCUGUGUUCUGUUUCCCAGCUGCAGAGGAGCUGCUGACCUCCAGUUACAUUUUCCAGAGGAAGAGUUUGACUUCCACACUGUUACACUGUGGUCAGCUCUUUUUGAGUUAUGCUGGUACAUGCACAAGCAUCGGGAAAAGCAGGGUAGACAAUAUUUGAACUACAGAAACUUGAAUUACUCCAAGUGCAAUUCUUCAGAAGCCACUGAACAGCUGUGCUUUGCAAGCCGCGAACUCACCCAAAUUUUGCUUCAGCUUGAGGGGGAGAGAGACAAAAUGCAAAGAGUUCAGAUAGGCUCCAACAGAAACCUCCAGCUCCUGGAUGAGUUAAUUCAAAAAUACCUUUGCUUGUUCUUGUUGGAAGCUAUGUAUAUGUAAAUACUAUAUAUGCAUACAUGCAUAUAUAUAUAAAAUGUAGGUGGCAUCCCUGUCAUUGACCUCUCAGCUUUAUUCUUCCAGCAGGGCAGGUGUGUGCCCUGGACACUGCCACCCCUCACUAAUCCCAGCCUCUGAGAGGGCCUGGACAAAGGGAAUGCUAUUUUUACACCCUCUUUUAGGUAAAGCCCAUGAGUAGCUUAGCUCACCCCAUCAGGCUCGGCAUGGCCUUGGCCAGGGAUGGGAGGAGCAGUGGCAUCAGGAGCUGUGAGAAUCCUGCCCUUCCACCCCCCUGGCCAAAGCCCUGCUGCUGAUGGCUUUGGGGCAGGUGUAUUUUCAGGAGCUGGAGCUGAGCAGGUAAAGGCAGCAGGAUAUUUUUUUUUUCCCCCCUUCAACGGGUCAGAAAUGCAUCUUCAGGUGUGUGUCCAGUUCAGCAUUUCACAAGGUGUGUACAAGCACAGGGGAGUACAUGGGCAGUGUUGUAAAAACGUGAGCCAGCUGGUUCGUGUGUGCCGUGUGUGCGUUUCUGUGUGUGAUUAUAGUGGCAUUCGUGUUGGAAUUGAUGAGGUUUGAACAAAAUAACCCUUCUGUCUACUCCUUUUCAUUUCACUGCUCUUUGCUGUCAGCGUGCAGCCCUGUAGGAGGAAGAGGGAGCUGUGUGCAGGACAUGAACUCGUGCCUUCGCUGCGCGUUGGGACUGCUGCAAGUGGCAGCUUUGUUUCACGAGGUGCACAAUUUCCCCAGCUCAUGCAGGAUCCCCCCUCUGAGACAUGCAGGCCGUGUUUCUAAAUACUUGAAGUACCAUUUGUUGUGCAAUUAUUUGGCUUCACCCUUUUAUUAGCUGAGAGGAGAGAGGGAAGAAGAAUCGCACAUCUGGAUGAGCCAAGCCAACCCCCUCUCGAGCUCCUGCUGUUUCUUUCCUGGAAAGUUUUAGGGUCUGGUUUUGUUCCAGGUAUAUGAUGGACCUUACUAGAGUCACCUUUCUUAAGGUCUUACUUUGGUAUGGGCUUUUCAUUUAGUGCUUUCCUUUGGCUUCCUUAGCCCUCCCCUUACAUAUCCCUUUUUCAUCAUUUGCUUAUUAAAAAAAAAAAAACAAAUGCAACAGCUUCUUGUAAUUCUGAAUUCCCAGCCUGCCUCCCGGCCAUGGAGUUAAUGAUUCAGCCAGAGGUACCUCAGUCCCAUGCCUGAGAGGUGAACUGGGUUUCAGAGUUCCCACAUGACAACUACUGAUGGAACACUGACUUUUGCAGAGGGCACACCUGGUAUUCGAUGCACAGAUCUUUGCUCAUUUUAAUCGUCAAAAUUAGGAGAACUAGACUGUGAAUCAGAGCUCUACCUGCAAGCACGAGUACACUUUUGGUGUUAGAAAAAGUCUGUUUUCAACAAAAGCCUUGAAGUUCCUGCUGAAGCUGCCUUAAUUUAAAAAUCAAAGUUUAUUUGUAAGACUCAUCUCUGAUUUUUUUUUUUUUUUUAAGUUUGGAAAUAGUUUAUUUAUCCUCAUCUCACAAAGCUGUGAAGUAGAUUCUGUAGCCAUGGUAAUAUUUAUUCUUGUUGCUGAAAGCAUGUUCAUGUGUUCUGUAUCAUGUUAUAUUCACGUGGUUUGUACCUCAAUGCAUUUGUUUUGUUUUUUUUCUUUUAGAGCACAAAGCAAAACUGAAUCCCAGGAUUUCUGUGGUGUCCUUGGCCCAGCAUCUCUGGGCAGACAAACCUCAGCUCUAUGAGAGAGGUAAACUGGACUUGUCUACUGCAGUUCUUAAAUUCAUACUUUAAGGAAUAUUUAUGAUUUAUAAUAUUAUGUAUUUAUAAUUUUAAGAAAAAGUUCUGAGUAGAAGCAUCCCUUCAAACAUAUCAUUAACAUGAAGCUCAGAAAAAAAACCCCUGAGCUCUGUAAACACUCCAUCCUUCUCGAUAUUUUCUAUUUUGUCAGCUGAGGGCCUGGAGAGGGUUUUGUUUCCCAGUUCAUGGCUGUAGUACUUUCUGUCAUGGAAGGGCACAGAGCCCUGGUUCAGUUUUGUCCUUUGUGCAUCAGAUAAUCACAACGAAGCCUUUUUCCUUCCAUUUAUGGUGUGGAAAGUGUUUCUCGGUGUACUGCACUGCAUGUGAUAGCCGUCUCCAUGGUUGACAUUUGCACUUUAAUAAACUCAGAGAUGAAAAGAGAUAAAAGCAA